AUGUUGGAUGGUGGAACUGGGCUUAAUGCAAUUCCAGAUUCAGUCUCCAUUACUGGUACUUAUAGAGCUGUUAGCAAAAAGAGCUUCUAUGCACUUGCAGAAAGAAUACAAGAGGUGAUUAAAGCUCAGGCGUAUGUAUAUCGUUGUUCAGCUACAGUUGACUUUGAAGGUCCAAACAUCCAAUUUAAGAAAUUUAGAAAGUCGAUUUCAUUCUUCUCAGCUUCAAUCAAGAACAAUAAAAAGAAAAUAGAAGAAGAAGAAGGAACGACCUGGGAUUUUCAAGAAAAAACCACCGAGCCCCCUCCACUGUUACGGAUCGUUGCUGCUGGUUCAUCCCUUUUGUUGCUUCGUUUCGUCGAACCCAAGGGACAACCCCCUCCAUUUUGCGAUCGAUUAGCCACCACCGAGAAUCGACACAACUUGCUGCUUCAUUCUUCUUCUUCCGUUCGGACUCAUCAACUCCGUAGACAAUCGGACUCCUCCUGCCGAACACCAAGCAACACAAACACCAUCAGAUUUGCGACUUUUUUUGGGUUUCUGGUAGAGAUCGUAUGUUCUCUGGUGAAGAAGGCUUGGAACGAGAUUUAG